AUGGCGAUUGACAUCAACAAAAGUGCCAUCCCUCUAUUCCAGUCGCCAGACCGAUUGGAGCUCCUCAACGACAUCGAUAAGUUUCGUCAACAUGGCCUUGCCAAUCUGCCACAGAUCGUUGUGUGCGGUGACACGAGCAGCGGCAAGUCGUCCGUGCUGGAAGCGUUGUCUGGCAUUCCAUUCCCGGUUGACAGCACCAUGUGUACAAGGUUUGCCACGGAGAUUGCCCUGCGAUAUUCGUCGGAUAAGACAGUGACGGGGCAGACUUUCAUCUCUCCAGCACCACGAUCAUCCGACAGCCAUCAAACUCGCGUCCAAGCAUUCCAAAAGACGGUGAUAGCUGGGCUCGAUGCUAUUCCUGACAUCUUGCGAGAAGCCCGGGAAGUGAUGGGUCUCGGCGAGUCUGGCGGCAUCAGUCGGGACGUGCUGCAUCUGAAGCUCAGUGGUCGACAGCUCCCCAAUCUCACGUUGGUGGACUUAUCAGGCCUCAUCCACUCUGCCACCAACUCAGACGACAUCGCCAACGUUCAGGACCUGGUCAAGUACUAUUUCAAGCAGAAGGAGAGCUUGAUUAUGGCCAUCGUCUCGGCCGAAAAUCCCAUUGAGAACCAAGGCAUUUUGACCUUGUCUCGCCAGUUCGAUCCCACGGGCGAACGCACGAUCGGAGUCAUCACCAAGCCAGACAUCCUUCGCCGUCCAGACAAGGCCCGACUAACUCCCACAGUCCUCGAGCUGGCACGAAACCAGCACGCCGCCUUCAAAUUUAAACGCCACUGGCAGAUCAUGAGAUGUCUCACGGAUGACGAACGGUUGAGGGGCGCCAACAGAGAUCGGAUUGAGACAGACUUGUUCUCACAAGACCCAUGGGACAGCUUCGAUAAGAAGAGACUCGGCACGAAGUCACUCAGAGCCGUCUUGCGCUACGCACAGAUCGUCCGCGAUGCCUUGGAUGGCGACUACUCGGACUCCUUUUUUGACGACGAUGACGCCGGAAAAAGACUGCGAGCACAGACGAUGGUGCUGACCGACGAUUUUGAACAGGCCAUGCGCAACCGGGGCCACAAGUUUGAAAUCAAGCGCAAUGCCUUUUCGCUGCCAUCAGACCCUGACGCACCUGAGCGCAUUACCAUGGUAGAGGCUCUGGCGAAAGUCGGAAAGCUCAUCGAGGGCUAUCGUGGUCCGGAAUUGCCACUGCUCUUCAACCCACGCUUGGUGGGAGAGCUAUUCAAGGAUCAGUCCCAGAAAUGGCUCAAACUCUCAACUGAGUACACCGAUGCCAUCUGUCGUGCGGUCCAAGUCUUCUUGCGCAAGGUCGUCGACGCGAUCUGUCCUACCACAGCGCGUGUUGGAGAGUUGAUCCUGCGUGAGGUGUUCCAGGAAGCAAUUCACAUCCAUCAAGACAAACUAAACAAAAAAGUUUCGGAGCUUUUCAGCCCACAUACAGGCUCUUUUCUGUACUCAACAAAGAGUCGGCUCCAAACAAGCUUGAAGGCGGUCCAGAGUGACGAUCUGUGGCCCGUGCCUGUUGAUGCAGCGGCUCAUGUCUCCGUCUCUUCUGGGGCAAGACUUGGAACUCCCGACUCCGAAGGAGAUCCUCGCUUAGCAGCACUUCAACUGUCCAGGGCAUACUAUAGCGUCGCUCUCGAGACGUUCAUUCAGAACGUCGUUGUGCUCGGAGUCGAAUCCUGCCUCUUAUCGAAGCUUGAGGAAAUGUUCUCACCCGAGACCGUGGGACAGAUGAAGGAGGACAAGUUGGAACUGCUCGGGGGUGAGACUCCAGAGAUGAUGACUGAGAGAACAGACCUCGCGGCCCGACUCUCAACGCUCGAGGCGGCCUUGAAGAACUGCCGCAGACAUGCAAGCCGAGAGUUUGGAUUGGAGCAGCAGCAGCAACCAAUAACACUCGACUCUACCGCCACGCAGAAGCGAGCGUCAGCCUUUCCUUCACUAUUUGGCAACAAUCAUACGGUGGUAGUAUUACCAGGUACCGAUGACAAUAAGAGCUCGUCCGCUCCGGUGAGUCGCAUGCCCCAGGUGAAGGUGUCAUUUCCGCCAUUACCAAAUAUGCCGUUCAACGAUGUUACAGCUGACAUGAAGUCGAAGGUGGUCCGUGCAAACGGGUCGUUUGGAGAAAAUGCUCCUCCGACAUCAACCCAUGUCGAAGGACUAUUUUCCAGCAACCGCACGGAGGAACAUGGGUUCGGAACUUCUGUACCGCAAUCGACGCGCUCGGGUCCUAUCUUCUUCGGCGGAGGGGUCUUCGGCGGAGGGGGAUUUACAACGCAGCCGACGACCUCGAACGGUAGUCUGUUUGGCGCACGUCCGUCCACAGCGCAACCAGCGACCUCGAAUCCCAGCCCAAUUGGCACGGUUACGUCCACCGCACAACCGGCGCCCUCGACUACCGGAUUGUUCGGCGCAGCUGGCGGGCCAACCAAACAGCAAGCGAAUUCAGGGCCAAGUUUCGGCCUUGCCAGGCUCCCACUAGGCUCAAAAGUCUUCGGUCGACCGAUGGUCGAGCUUCCAGGGCUGCCGCCAGGGUGGCCAGGCCUCAGUGAUUUGAACCGCGUAGCUGGGCUUCUAACCCGCCUUUCUCACGGCCCGGAGUUUGAUGUGCAUAUGGGGGCGGCUCAAGUCGAAGUCCAGAGGUGUCUUGCCGAAUAUCAAUCCCUGGCCAGCAACUGCAUUUCGUUCGAGGAACUCCGUCUCCGGGACUACAAAGAAAUCUUCGAUGAAGAGGUCCGGAGGCUUCUGGCCAAAAAUAACCCUGGCGUGAAGUCCAUCCCACACGCCACAUACCUAGCAGAAGUGAGAAGCAUGUUAUAG